ACCCUUUUUUUCUCUCUCUCUCUCUUCCCCGGUGCUGCUAAUCGCGUAUAUCUCUGCAACAAAGUAUGCUCGUUGCGAAUCGUCGUCCUCUUCGUGCUUCUUCUUCUUCUUUUUCUUAUUAUUAUUAUUAUUAUUAUUAUUAUUAUUAUUACCAUUAUCCAUCAAUCUUUCGUGGCCAACGUAGUGGCCCGUGCUACUACUGCUACUGCGUUACGAGCUCCGAACAAUCGCGUUGAGGACCUCUUUCUUCUCUCGCUAUCUUUCUCAGCGUGGGAACGACGCAACAGCGAGGAGGAGACAUCGAAGAGACCCCCUUCUUUCCUGCUUUGACCCCUCCCCCCCUUUUCGAGGCGUCGUCCUUCCUUUAUCUCCAUCUAUAUCUAUAUAUCUAUACAUAUUACAUAUGUGUGUUUUGGCUCGCGUAUCUUUAUCUGCAGUAAACUAGAGGAAUAAAUGGAAUAUAAAGUGUUAUAUACCGUCGGGGGAGUGUGAAGUGAUCGAGUGCUCCAAAUAAGAAAGAAAAAUUCGAUAAAAUAAAAUCAAAAGAGAAAAGCAAACAAGGGGAGUAAUAAGGCGAUUCCCUAGAAGCGUAUUAAAAAUUCUACGAUACUUUGGUUUUCGGAAAGUAAUACGGAGAGUAAGUGAAAAGUGCCGCGAAUAACAAGACGCUGCCAGCCUUCGCGAGUUCGCGAAUACCGGGCGGUGUAUACGCAUAUAUAAGAGGAGAAGGAGGAGGAGGACGUGGAGGAGGAAUAGCAGCAGCAGCAGCAGCUCCAGCAGCAGCAGCAGCAGCAGCAGCAGCAGCAGCAGCAGCAGCUCCAACAGCAGCAGCAGAAGCAACAGCAGCAGGAACUGGAGGAUUAGGAUUUAUCACGAUUGAAAGAAGGAAGUAAGAGAAAGGAACGUUAUCGGUGGCUAUGCAGCCUCGCGAAGCUAUUACCGGAAGAAGAUAACGCCGACACUAAGUCGGACAAAAGACGUAUCACCACGGAUCGUGGUCCACGCGCACGAGAGACGCGUAAACAUUCGGUGGCUUCGAUUAGCCAAAACAUGUGGACCACGAUGUUAGUGUGGACGGUCGCCGUCGUGCUUCUACCGUCACCCCGUGCGGUUAACGCUUCGGGGGUGUUCGAGCUAAGGUUGAAGUCGUUCGUCAACGAAUACGGAAAAGAUAGUCUGGGUAAGUGCUGUUCAGGCACUACCUCAAGGACAGGCGAAUGUUCAGGUGUUUGCAAGACCAGGUUUAGGGUAUGUCUGAAGCAAUACCAAGUGAAGAUCGACACAACGACACCGUGUACUUAUGGAGAUGUUGUUACACCUGUCCUCGGCGAGAACAUCGUUAAUCUUAGUCCAAAUGUCGCCCUGCCCAGUUUCACUAAUCCCAUCAGAUUCCCGUUCGAGUUCACGUGGCCGGGCACGUUUUCGUUGAUCGUCGAGGCCUAUCACGAUUCAAACAAUACAACGCAUCAUUCACCCGAAAAGGUACUGAUCACCAGGCUGACCACGCAAAAGUGGCUCGACGUGGGCCCGGAGUGGAUAGAGGAAGAACAUAGGAGUGCCCAUUCACGAAUGGUUUACGAGUAUAGAGUGACGUGUGCGGCGCAUUAUUACGGAAAGGGCUGUGAAAAUCUUUGCAGACCUAGAGACGAUAACUUCGGUCAUUACAGUUGCAGUCCUACCGGUGAACGUGUUUGUCUUUCGGGAUGGAAGGGCGACUACUGUGCUACUCCCCGCUGCCUGCCCGGAUGCGACGAGCAGCACGGACACUGCAGUCGACCCAACGAAUGCAUCUGUCACAGCGGUUGGAAAGGAGCCUUUUGUGAUCAGUGCGUGAGAUAUCCCGGGUGCCUUCAUGGUAGUUGCCAAAAGCCUUGGGAAUGUCUAUGCGACGAAGGCUGGGGCGGACUGUUCUGCAACCAGGAUCUAAACUACUGCACGAAUCACAAGCCUUGCAUGAACGGUGGCACCUGCUUUAACACCGGCCAAGGAUCGUACACCUGCUCCUGCGCGCCAGGCUUCACUGGUACGGACUGCCAGACACAACUUUUGGACUGUCACUCGAAGCCAUGCUUGAAUGGAGGCUCCUGUUCGAUGGAAGCAACGUACGCAAACUCGAGCGUAUCUUCCAGUGGCGGCAGCAACGCGAACGGCAAUCAUCAUCAUCGUUCGGGUUCUUCCUCUUCGCUCGAUGGCUCCUCGUCAUCGAGCAAGUUACAACGAGCAGCUUAUCGAUGCACUUGCCCACCAGGCUGGAGAGGUCGCCACUGCGAGAUGACAUCGAGAUCAUGUCGAGACUCUCCCUGCUUGCACGGCGGUAUCUGCGAGGAUGACUCGUUGAACGGCUACGUUUGUCGUUGUCCAGCAGGAUACACGGGUACCGAUUGCGAAUCCCAACUCGAUGAGUGCUCACCGAAUCCUUGCACAAAUGGUGGCACCUGCACCGACAUGGUGAACAGUUAUCGUUGCUCCUGCCCUCCUGGUUUCGCUGGAGAUCGCUGCGAGAUCAACGUCGACGAUUGCCAAGGUGAUCCCUGUCUUAACGGUGGCACUUGCGUCGACUUGGUGAAUCGCUUUAGAUGCCAGUGCGUGCCCGGAUUCGUCGGUAGACUCUGCCAAGACAAGGUCGACUAUUGCCUGGCUAAGCCAUGCGCGAACGGUGGUAGAUGCAUCUCCGGAACGAACGACUAUCGUUGCGAGUGCAAGCCCGGAUUCACGGGAAAAGAUUGCAGCGUUGACGUGGACGAGUGCCGUAGCGCACCCUGCAAGAACGGUGGCACCUGUAGGAAUCGAGUGAACGGUUUUCUAUGCGAGUGUCCGGUAGGUUGGCACGGGGAAAGUUGUGCGGAGGAGGUCGGUGUCGGUGGUACGGCCGUUUUACCGGUGGCAUCGGCCGCGAGUUCGUCCAGCGAAAGUGGUACUGCUAUUUUACCCGCAGCAGCUGCAGCUGCCGCCGCGGUACCACCCUCGGGUGCCAGCUAUUGGUCAGGAAACUUAUCGAAACACGUCACCUCGGCAGCUGAAGCUAGAGACGCCGGUUUGACGACGGAACACGUAGUGGUGAUAGCAACUCUUUCGACGGCCGUGCCAGCGUUUGUCUUGGUCGCAGCACUCGCAGUAAUGUGCAUGAAGAGGCGGCAAAAGCGCGAACAGGCGAAGGCGGACGAGGAGGCGAGAUUGCAGAAUGAAAGGAACGCGGUACACAGCAGCAUGAGCAAACGCAGCGGAGGUGUUCUCGGAGGUGGUAGCAACAGCGUCAUCGGCUCAGCUGGAGGUGGUUCGGCCGUUGGAAUCGGUAACGUCGGACUUUUGAGUGGUAUCACCGGUGGUUGCGUUGGUAGCGGAGUUACCGGUGGUGGAGUUGUCUCGGGCGGAGGUGCGGUCUCCGGGGCUGGAUUGAUCGGCUCGGCCGGUGGAAGUGUCUGCACUCUCGGUACCGGAGACGCCCAUAUGAUCAAGAACACGUGGACGGCGAACAAGAGUGUGAACAAUGCGAGUAGCGUCCGGCAGGAUGACCUGGACUCCUCGUUCCAGACCGACGUUACCCUGGACAGUUCCUGCUCGGGAUACAAAGCGGAACCGGUGCUCCAGGACGGCAGAACGAGAACGACGAAGCAGUUGAACACCGAGGCUGCAGCCCAUCGAGCGUCUCAUCUCUUCCAGAAGGAGAAGGAUUGCUUGGGCCUGGGUCUGGGUCUUGGUGUCGCUGUACUCGAAACCGCCAAGAGGUCCUCGGUCUUCGCGAAUACUCCGAGCGACGCCUGCUGCGCGGCGGAAGCGACCCUCCUGAAAAGGCCGACGACGGUAACGGAAAGUUCCGGUCCACCCGGCAGUGGAGGUGGUGGCGGCGGUGGUGGUGUCGUCGACAGUGCCUGCGGUGUUUAUGUUAUAGACGAUCAUUACAGGCAUGACGCGACCACGCUAGCGACAACACUCGCGACGGAAGUGUAGCCUCGAAUAAUACUGUGACGCAUAAAAGAACGCGUGCUUGGGACACGAAUCAAUUAGACCGCGCGCGAAUCACGAACUUGUAUUUUCUUUUCUUCUUUCCCCAUUUUUCUCUCGUUUUACCCGGCGCAUUAGAGAUCGCGUUGAUCCUCAUUCUUCUUUAACUGUGAAUCGAUGCGUUCGUUGAAACAACUCUUCGAAAGACUUACAGAUUCUUCGUUCGUGUUUCCUCGACCACGUCUUAUUUAUGACGACGAGAGGAACAACGAUGACGAUGACAUUGACGAAGACGACGACCACGACAACGACGGUGAGAUAAUCAUUAAGAUCUCUCGUCGAGUCGAGCGACGGACUAACUAAAUAGAAGCUCGUGAAUCGAGUUAAUAAAGUAACGAUAUGCUGUGGGGGCGGUUGGCGUAUUAGCCACUUACCCGUCUUUAGAUGUUAAUAAUAUUGUCAUGCUCGAAGCAAAACUUUGUACAGAACUAAUUUAUUAUUAUUGUUAUUUACUAUUAUUACGAUUGCUAUUAUUAUUAUUAUUAUUAUUAUUAUUAUUAUUAUUAUUAUUAUUAUUAAUAUUAUUAUUAAUAUUAUUAUUAUUAUUAUUAUUAUCAUCAUCAUUAUUAUUAUUAUUAUUAUUAUUAUUAUUUUUAUUUUUAUUAUUAUUAUAUUAUCGACAUUAUUAUAUUGUAUCGCAUUAUCAUUGUUCCACUAGUUCUUUUUUCAAUUGCGUGACCGUGCUUUGUCCUAUCUACGACGCGAUAUGGUAACGGAGAACAAGCUUGUAUUAAUGCGUACGUGUAUGAUCGCGAAUGUUCGCAUGUGUGUAUGCGUGUAUGUGCGUGUGUGUGUGCGUGUGCGUGUGUUUGUGUGCUCGCGCAUGUAUGUAUGCAUAUGAGAAGAAGGAGAAGAGGUUUGCUACGAAUUCGAAUCAAAAUAUUCGACCUCUUGCUCGUUCGCGCGAAUAUGGGAAAAAUCGAAAACACUUUUUGGGUCUCCUUCUGUAGAUAGCAUGAAUCGCUUAAAAUAUGCUGAAUCUGUUAGAUCGUACUAGAAUUGUUUACCAUUGAAUACUAACAUCUUCUUACAUCUUACACCUAUAAAAAAAUAUCGAAGGGAUAAAGAACGAAAAUCGAUUCGAAUUUUAUCCCUUUUAAAAUAUAAAAAGAAAAUACCUAGAGUAAGAAAGGUGACCCAAGAAACGACGAACGAAAGAUUUUAUUUCUCAUAUUUCGCGCGAUGGAAGGGAAAGAAAGAAAAAAGAAAACGAAAAAAAAAAAAAAGAAUGGAAAACCUAUUUCCGUUUAGGGCUUGGUGAUUCGAGGUAUAAUACAGCGACCUCGUUUUUUUUUCUACGCGCAGGAGAUUCGAAAUUCGUUCGAUGAACUCCCAAUCGCCAUCGAUCGGCUUUCCUCUUCGUUGAUAAAAAAAAAAAAACCAUUUUGUUUAUCGCUUAAUUGCAUUGCGCACGUGUUCGGCGAAACAAAAAAAUUCCAUCGUUUCUCGUUCUUAAAACUAAUCGCGACUUAUGUGUAUAUAAAUUAUCUAAUGUGUAUAUAUGUGUAUACAUAUGUAUAUAUAUACACACAUAUAUAUACAUAUAAAUAUGUAUGUAUAAAAAAUACCGCCGUCGUCAUCGGUAAUGUAUCAACAACGGAAUGGAUUAUUUCGAGUGUUUUUCUUUUUUUUUUUUUGGUGUGUUCUUUUUUUUUUCUUUUAGUAUUGAGUAUAGCAAAAUUCGAUAAAAUUCGAAUGGAUCCGUCUAAUUGAUUGCGAGCGUGUAUCGUAAUACUGGCAAACCAAAAAAAUUAGUACGGCUAGAUUUCCUUUUGGUUUAACAGCGCAAACGAUGCGUGUUCGUAUCCAUUCGAUCGGAUCGCACCAAUCAUUUCGGUAUACUAUCGUUUCUGUAUAUUUCUUUUUUCAUCGACGAGAUUGAAGUUCGACGAGUAAAGAAAAAAAAAAUAAAAAAAAAAAAGGAAGAACGCUCGUUAUCCUCGGCCGUCGAUGGUACGAGAAAUGCGAUGAAUAUGUGUUGUUUCCGCACGGUUAAUAACGAUUAAUUAAUUUAUUUAUGAAUGAUUAUUAUCGCGUAUAAUGAAUCAGUAUGCCGAUGGUGAUAAUGCUGAUGUGAAAGUGAUGAGAUAUGACGAUUAUAUAGAUAUAUAUAUAUAGAUAUAUAUAUAUAUGUAUAUAUAGUCAUAUAUAUAUUAUAUGUAUGUAUAUAUAUGUAUAUGUAUAUGUAUAUAUAUAUUAUAUGUAUGUAUGUAUGUAUGUAUGUAUAUACAUAUAUAUGUAUGUGUAUAUAUAUAUAUGUAUAUAUAGAAACGUACGAUGACGAUAUAACGAACAAAGAUUCGAUGAUGUUCCUGUUAUAAAUAAUAAUAAUAAUUAAAAUAAACGAACAACUCUACCAACUAAGUCAUACACAGGCUUUGGGUCUUGAUCAGCGCGACUUAACGAAGGACCUACGCGCUUAAUUAUUAUAAUUAUCGUACGCGGUUCAACAAAGUGAUGGAAAAACCGGUAAUGUUUGGAGGAUCGGCGGAAUCGAUUUUGUAUCGUCCCUCUUUCAUAAGAGGGAGAGAGUGGGGUAGAAAAAAAAAAACGAAAAGAAAACGAAAAAGUAAAAGAAUGAAAACCCCGGUAAUCCUAAUCUGCGAGACGAAUCACGUACAUAAGACCGAUUAUAUUAUAUAAAUAUAAUGUGUAAUAAAGCUGUUGUCAUUUUUUGUACUUA